AUGAAAGAAAGAUUACCAGGUGAGAGUUUUUGUUUACUUUUCACACUUGCAGACAAAAAAUCACUUAAUCUAUCCACUUUUAAUGAUUUAAUGAAUCAAGGCCAAUAUAUUAUAGUCAUUGCCAUGCAAACCGGAGGAACUUACAAUGUUUUUUACGUUAUUCAUUCAGCGAGUCAACAAAGUUGCGAGCCAGGCGAGAAAAAAACUUGUCAAGAAACAAAAAGUCUUGAAGGGAAUGAAACGACCACCUAUUCAGAACUUCUGACUCCAGAUCACGAUUGUCCCUUAUCUUCCAUGCUAAAUUUACCGUUAUCUAAAGGAGGGGCAAACACACCUGCCCUACCCAGUUCCACUACAACGGUACCUCCCCCCGGAGAACAGUUUAUUCCUGAACAUUAUCCUUAUCCACAGGUAAGAUUCCAGGGGAGUCGGUCGGGAAGACUAUAAAGGUCGAAAACAGUUCGAUUGGACAUUGGAGAAUCUCAAAAUUUUUAUAAAUAUUCUUGUCCAUUCAUGCUUCAUCAUUUCAACAUGUGUGCUAUAGGCAGCGGUUACUAAGCUCUAUCGCGCGGCAGUUGGUGAUCAGACGGCAGUUAUCGAAGUGCAAAAAUAAUCUUUUCAUUAUGUGCAGUCGGCUUGUAUUUGGUGGCAAAUAAAAUAAUUUUCGUUUAGAAUAUUCUUCUUGUUAAUUUGUAUGAGCGUUAACAUUUCAUUCAUUUGCUGCCUAAUUUGCUGUAGCGCUUAGAGGAAACAUUCGAUUGUAUUAUAUUAACAUUCAUGUGUUAACAAUGCUCUGGUGCAGUUAAUGAAUCAGGUAUAGACCAGCGUAGACCAUCUUUCUAAAGCGUCGAUCAGAUAGCUUCUAACUCAUGCACGAGUUCGACAAAACGCGAGAAAUCAUUACUAUAUGACCAAUAAACUUUAACAACAUGUAAGCCAGCCUGAACUUUGGAGUAAAACGCAUCGCGCUAACCAUCUUUACCACUGGUUCUUUUCUAACUUUUCUGCAGGAGGAAAUGAAGAAAUCUAAUGAAGCUAUGGUAUUGCCUGAUGCCUUCAAUUUUCAAAACCAGGAACUAGUAAUUCCAAAUACAUGCAACUCACAUGCUGACCCAAAUACACUUUAUUUCCCCUCGAACCGGACUUUCGAAAAGAAAGAAGUGCCAUCAUUUCAUGAAGUACAAGUUAAAUCAGACAUUGCACGGAAAGCAUCAGAGGUAUUAAAGAAUGAGAAACAAUAUGCUACGAGAAUGACAACAGUUUCGUUUCCUGUAAAGUUUGGAGAAAACAGUCGGAAGAGACAACGAACGAAUGACGGUGUUAAAAGUGCGUUGCAGAGAAAAAUGGAACACCUUGAUAAGGAGAAAGAAAGAAGGUAAUGACGCUUUUCGGGAAACUCUGACAUCAGUCGCCGUAAGAAAAACACUUAGUCAGUGAACGAAAAUGCUCAAACUUAGAAAUAUUCACAGUGAGAAAAUUAGCUAUAAGCAUAUUGGUUUAUUUUGGUCAUAUGGUCGAAUUUGCUUUAAAUUCAUUCAUUCUUGGGACUGGAUGAAAACCUUCUUCUACACGUCGGGCAAUGCAAUUAGCUUCAUUAUUAUACUUUAUGUUUUAGGCUACGGCAGACGAAAUGUUACGAUUACCUACGAAGUCUAGUUCCCUGUGGUAAUCUGAAGACAGAUAAAGCCAAUAUUCUUGAAGUGACUGUAGCUUAUCUUACUUAUAUCAAAGAAACAUUAGGCACGAGCAUGGAUGUCAUUGAUAAGGUUUGAAGUUCAUAAUUAUAUUUAUUAUAAUGAUACAUUCAAUAAUUUCGAAACCUAUCUCCUAACCAUGCAGAGUAUGCCCGUUCGCAGGUUAGUUGGUGCCUAUAAAAAGCUUGAAACAAAGCAAUAAGGGUGCGCAGAUCUCUUGUGCCAGGUGCUACAGUAGUUUAGGUUUAAAAAUUAAUACGAUGUGCCAAAUUUUAACAGAAAUACUUUGUUGCUCAUUAUUUAGAAUUUUCUUGACGACUUUGAAAGGAAUAAGGAAUCUUCCGACUAA